AGAAUAUUUGAGCUCCAAAAUUCUAGACGCUUCCAUUUCAGAACCCUCCAGAUUGCAGCGUACCCUAACUCUCUCUCUCUCUCUCUUUUUCUCUCUCUAAAGGCCUCCAUUUUCGUCUCCCCCCUCGCUCUCUCGAAUCCCUAACCAUACCCACACAAAUCACGCAUUAUCUUUCCCGCUUUUCACUCUCACUCUUGGCAGCUGCUCCAAUGGCGAAGUACGGCGAAGGCGACAAGCGGUGGAUCGUGGAGGAGCGAGCCGACGGCACCAACGUCCAUAACUGGCACUGGGCAGAGACCGACUGUCUCGAAUGGUCUCGAAACUUCCUCUCCAAACUCCUUUCCGACAAGACGCUUCUCGAAGGCGAGGCCAAUAUCUACAUCAAGACCAAGAAGCUCGACAAGGUCGAGGGUGAGGCCUACGUUAACAUUCGCAAGGGCAAGAUCAUACCUGGAUACGAACUCGCCGUUACUUUGUCCUGGGAAGGCCACGCCAAGGAUUCCGAGGGCAAAACGCUGCUGGCGUCGGAUGGGCUCGUAGAGAUUCCGUAUAUUUCUGACGAAAAUGCUGGGGAGGAUCCCGAAAUUAGGGUUUCUUUCAAGGAAGAGGGGCCGAUCGGGAAGACUCUGAAGGAGGCUUUCUUGGAGAAGGGAAAACCCUUUGUUGCGGAGCAGGUCAGGGCUUAUAUGGACGCCAUGGCCAAGGGCGGUCCGGCCAAGGAGGAGUUGGAGACGAAGAAGCCUGUCAAGAAGGCUGCGGGCGCGGCGGUGUCCGAGGCGGCGCCUCCGCCUGUGAAGGAGGAGAAGAAGAAGAAGAAGGUGAAGGAGGGAUUCAAGACGAUAUCUUUGACGGAGAAGUUCAGUUGUAGAGCGAGGGACUUAUUUGAGAUCUUGAUGGAUGAGAAUAGGUGGAAGGGGUUUACUCAGAGUUAUGCGAGGAUAAGCAAGGAGGUGGGUGGAGAGUUCAGCAUAUUUGAUGGUUCUGUAACUGGGACCAAUGUGGAGUUGCAGGAGGGGAAGUUGAUUGUGCAGAGGUGGAGGUUUGGCAGCUGGCCUGAUGGAAUUAUAUCUACGGUGCGGCUUGCAUUUGACGAACCUGAACCAGGAAUUACUGUUGUUAAGCUGACACAUACUGAUGUUCCAGAGGAGGACAGAUAUGGGAACGCAACUGUGGUGGAGAACACUGAGAGGGGCUGGCGGGAUCUUAUUUUCCACAAGAUACGUGCAGUUUUUGGUUUUGGAUUAUAAGUUUCCUAGUUUUCUUCUUGUUAAAGUGUAGAAUCAUUGCGAUUUGUAUUUGAUCCAGUUUAAAGCCAUGGGUUGAAUGUCGUGAUUCAAUUAAUUGAAUCAAAUCAUGUGUGUGUUGUUGCCUUUCCCCUAAUGCUGUCAAAAAUUGCUUUUGUCUGACCUUAAUUCUUGUGUUUCAGAAUAAACUUUUUUAGUCUCAAAGUUUGAACUUUAUGCA